AUCUUGUUUCAAGGCUCAUCCAUCUGUUUCAUUGGGAGAGGGAAGAAGACAGUGUUCAUCAGAAGUUGCAACAUGGCAGCAUGGUUCCUGAGAGGGCUCUGUAAAGUGGAUCAGCACUUCUGCAGAGCUGGAAGAAAUGCCUGAGCACAGACUUCUGAGGAUUCAGAAUGAGUCAUCACUUAGCUUUGGAAGGGCUCCGCUUUACAAGACUCAAAGGAAAACUUUUUAAUGGGAACUACAGCCAAUUUAAAGUUACUUGGAGCGAACGGUGAUUCAUCCGACGUCUGAAGGAUCCUUUCGCCUCAUCACUGCACUAUGGAACACACGUGACACUUGAAAACCUUUAUUAUGAAUCAUGGAGGAACACAGCACGUCUCCGACCCCUGACUGCAAUGAGAACACCACUGCUUGGGCACAAAUGCCCUCAGGACCCAGCAGACACUAUGGCACCCUUCCAACCCCCCAGACACACUUCAAGGACCUGGCAGGGAUAUUUUUCAUGGUGACCAUGAAUGUUCUGGCUCUGCUGGCCAACACUGCCGUGCUGGUCGUCGUCAUAAAGGCCCCUCAUCUCAGGAAAUUUGCCUUUGUCUGUCACCUGUGUGCAGUGGACCUGCUGUGUGCCAUCGUGAUCAUGCCACUCGGGAUCAUGUCGAGCUCUCCCUACUUAUCUGGUGUGACGUUCAGCGUGCUUGAGUGUCAGGUGUACGUGUUCCUCAAUGUGCUCCUCAUCGCUGCCUCCAUCUUCACCAUCACGGCCAUCAGCGUUGAGCGCUACUACUACAUCGUCCACCCCAUGCACUACGAGGUGAAGAUGACGCUGAAGCUGACCGCAGCCGUCGUGGUGAUGGUGUGGGUGGCCUCGGCCGUGCUGGGGUUGUCCACGGUGUUCGGGUGGCCGGCCCAGGGCGGCCUUAGCACCGUCAGUGCCGCACACUGCUUACUGCACUGGAGCCACAGCAAUCACAGGCGGAUCUUCUCUGUGCUCUUCAGUGUCACCUGCUUCUGCCUGCCCGCUGUUGUGAUUUUUACGGUGUACUGUAAUGUGUACAAAGUGGCCCGGGUGGCCGCUCGCCAGCAUGGAACUCUGCCCUCGUGGACAAAUAAUCAACUGAAACAACGCUCGGACUCAAUAAACAGCCAGACCACCAUCAUCACAACCCGGAACGCCCCACGCAGGAUUAUGCGUGACCGACCUUUUGGUGGCGGCAAAGCUGCUCUCACACUCUUGCUGAUCGUUGGCCAGUUUCUAAUCUGCUGGCUGCCUUACUUUGCUUUACACCUCCAUCUGUCCAUACAUGCAACACCCAACAUCCCUGCUGACCUGGACGGGACCAUCACCUGGUUGGCCUAUUCCUCCUUUGCUAUUAACCCAUUUUUUUAUGGGCUCCUCAACCGACAGAUCAGAGAGGAACUCUGUAAGCUGAGGCGAUGCUACUCCACCCAGCCAGUAGAUUUGGGCAUCUCCAGCCACGAGGGCUCAGGCCACGAGAACUUCCUGCAGUUCCUGUACAGGACCAGCUGCACGUUAGAGACACGGGCGAGCUUUGCCGUAUCCAGCCCUCGGAGCACUCUGGAUCAGACUGGACAGACCGGCUUAAGAAUACCAGGACAGAUCCCAGAAGAAUUUGGUUAGAUGUAUACCUCAUCUGCACAGCACUUACGGAAGUUAAGAUAUAGCAUCAAGACAUCUGAAGAUGAUUAUAAAAACAGGAACUAAUGGUUCCUGUUCCUAAUGACUUUGAAUGAAAUGGUUGCUUCUGUGUUUGGGGGCAAAACCAUAACGUUAACAGGGACCAAUCUCACUAAAACUGUUUAGCUGCAAUCAGUAGUUUUAUGUCAUAGAAAAUGAUCACACUUGAGCAAUAAGUCAUUAGUAUAUUAAUGGUGCCACUUCUCACAAUUAUGGAUUAGAGUGAGCUGGGGUAACUCACAAUAUCCGUAAAAUCAGGGGAUUUCUUUUUCUUUUUAGUCAAGUACAAA